CUCAGCCCUGCCAGGGAGCCACGCGAGGAGAGUGUGAAAGCUCCUCUCUUCUCCCACUCUUCAUUAAGUGAACCACACAGACACUUAACUCCAACUGCAGCUGCCAACCACCACCUCUCCGCUUGGUGCUGAGAAGAUCCUCUUUUUGAGCAUGGCUGUGGCACCCCGGGCCCUGGCACCUCUCCUGCCCCUGGUGCUGGCACUGCUCAGCUUAGCCCCUGUGCCCGCCUCAGGAGGGUGUCCGUCGGCUUGCCGGUGCUCUUUCGCUAUGCUGCAGUGCCUGGAAUCUGAUGGCAUCACCAGCGUCCCGAUCCUGGCAGAGAAGGAGAGCGAGAACGUGACGGAGAUUUACAUAGAAAACCAAACAGGCCUGGAGAACAUCACAGAGUUUGAGCUUGUUAACUACCGAGAGCUGAAGAACCUCACGGUCAUGUCAUGUAGGCUGAGGCACAUCUCAGCCAAAGCCUUCCAAUACAACCUCAAGCUCCAGUAUGUGAACCUGGCGUCAAACUCUCUGGAGCACGUCUCCUGGAGGGUGUUUCAUUUUCUGCCUUUGCUCAACCUGGUUUUGCGGGACAACCCUCUCGUGUGCUCUUGCGAUCUCUUCUGGCUGCAGGAGUGGCAGCGCAACGGCCGCGGCGACCUGGACAACCAGAUGUUGUCUUGUUUCUCUGACAACCAGGAAGUGGCCCUCAACUCUUUGGUGAUAGACAACUGCAGUUUGCCUGUGGUGUACAUCGUCUCCUACAAGGACAAGAUUCAAGAAGGAGGCAACCUGACGUUUGAGUGUCACGUGACAGGAAGUCCCACUCCCAAUGCCAGGUGGCGAACCAACAAGCUCCACUCUCCUUUCUUUACCCAGGAGAGAAUCUGGGGCUCCAAGUUAGAGCUGGUGCUUUUACUCAGCAACGUCUCCUCCAGUGACAACCUGCACAAUCUCACCUGCGAGGCAGAGAACCGAGCUGGGCCCAGGGAGGAGAUGGUGACACUGGACAUUGAGUUUCCUGUCAAAAUCAUCUUCCUGAAAAAUGCCGUGCGGCAGCAUUUCUGGUGUUUCCCCUUUGCCGUAGACGGCAACCCUGAGCCGAGCGUCGCCUGGCUGUACAACGAAAAAGAGCUGAAACAGACCAGGUACACAUACACCCAGUUCUUCACGGACUCGUCGGACGGGUCGGUUAAACAGGGCUGUCUCUUCCUCGACAAGCCCACCCACAUCAACAACGGAAACUACACUCUGAUCGCGCAGAACAAACUGGGAAGGGAUGUCGCCACUGCCAUUGGGGAUUUUAUGAGCAACCCCUUCGGCACGAACAAUCCUGAGGGCUCCAUUCUUGUCCAUGAGGUGGAUCCAAAUCCAACAAUCAAAUCAGACAUGAACGUCACGGAGAACCCAGAGAGUCGGGUGUUCGUGGUGUCUGUAGCUGUCGGUCUCGCUGUUUUCGCCUGCACUUUUCUUCUCAUCAUGCUUUUGGUGAUUAACAAAUGUGGCCAGCACUCCAAGUUUGGCAUUCACAGGUCGUCAGUUUUGGGGACAGAGGAUGACCUGGCCGUCUCGCUCCGUUUCAUGAACUUUGGAACCAGCCCACCUUCCUCAGAUGAAGACUCCGGUUUGUCCAGCUUCGUAGAGAAUCCACAGUACUUCUGCGGCAUCAUCAAGGACAAAGACAUGUGUGUCCAGCACAUUAAACGCCAGGACAUCGUGCUGAAGUGGGAACUCGGCGAAGGGGCGUUCGGCAAAGUCUACCUGGCCGAGUGCGCCAACCUGAGUCCUGACAGCGACAAGAUGCUGGUCGCUAUCAAGACGCUGAAGGACGCCAACGAGUCGACCCGGCAGGACUUCCAGAGGGAGGCGGAGCUGCUGACGGUGCUCCAACACCAGCACAUUGUGCGAUUCUACGGUGUCUGUACGGACGGAGAGCCGCUGGCCAUGGUGUUCGAGUACAUGAGGCACGGAGACCUCAACCGCUUUCUUCGAGCUCACGGCCCGGACGCUCGUAUCCUGGAGGAGACCAAGAUGCCCCCGCUGGGUCAGCUCACUCUGCCUCAGAUGCUGCAGAUCGCCGCUCAGAUCGCCUCGGGCAUGGUCUACCUGGCGUCGCUACACUUCGUCCACCGUGACCUGGCCACCCGCAACUGUCUGGUGGGAGAGGGCCUGGUGGUCAAAAUCGGAGACUUCGGAAUGUCACGAGACAUCUACAGCACAGACUACUACAGGGUGGGUGGACGCACCAUGCUGCCGAUCCGCUGGAUGCCCCCGGAGAGCAUCAUGUACAGGAAGUUCACCACGGAGAGCGACAUCUGGAGCUUCGGCGUCGUCCUCUGGGAGAUCUUCACCUACGGCAAACAGCCCUGGUACCAGCUGUCCAACAGCGAGGCCAUCGAAUGCAUCACACAGGGACGGGAGCUGGAGAGGCCCCGCACCUGCCCCAAGGAGGUGUACCUGCUGAUGCAGGGCUGCUGGCAGCGAGAGCCCCAGCAGAGGAUGGUCAUCAAGGACAUCCACAGUCGGCUGCUGGCUCUGGUCAAGAACCCGCCGGUGUACCUGGAUAUCCUGGGAUAAAAAGUGACCGAGAAGAAACCAGGGAGAAGGAAUCGGAGGAUUGGGAGGUUGGAGUUUUGAUUUGAGACUUAAAAACGUCUUUCCUUUUUGUUCCGUUAGGUUCCUCUUAAAAGUCGACUUUCUCAUUUAUCCAUUAAAAGACCAGUAGGAAGAUUAUUCCCCAGUUUUCCCCCAGUUGCUGCUUUUUCCAGCCUCGAUGCUCGACGGACGGGACAAACAGCGUGCCGCCUGUCGUCCUCUGGAAACCUGUCAAAUGUUUACCACACUGCUUGGAUGUUCAGGUUUGGAGCCUGACGGAGGGACGUGCAUGGCUAUAAGUUGUUGAAGUUACAGUAUAUGAUGAUGCUAGAAGGCUCUAGGCCUCUUUGUGCAACUCAAAACAGAUGAUUGCAAAAGGAAGGAAGUUCACGCAGGAGUCAGCCGACAGUCAUUUGUACAGUAGAGUCACUGAUUUUGGACAAGUUUUGAUAUGGGAGGUGAUUUAAAGGCUUUCAGUAAAUGUAUAUACGGCCAAGUUGUACAAUCAGAACCUUUGAAAGCUCGUUUGUUUUUCACGGGUCAGAUCAUAUUGAAUAUUUUUCAAA